AUGUCAGGACGUCCUAGUAAUUUAGGACGUAGUUCAUUUACAGGAGGUCGAAGCUCAGAAGUGGAACGAAUUAUUGCUGCAGCUGAUGUUGAUACAACAUUUGCAGGUAAAAAAGCACGUUAUCGUGGUCGUCAUGCGACUUGGCCUGGUGCUUUAGCUUUAUUACUUCUUGCAUUCAUUUCAAUUUUUGGUCUCACUUAUUAUGGAAUACAAGUACAUGAUAAUGUCAAUGAAACAGUUGCAAGUAGUGAAGCUGCCGAAGAAUCACGAUACACAGAUGGUACACAAAUUCGAGAUGGUAGUCCAAGUGAUACGACAUCAGAACUUGCCAUUACGAAUCCUAAAAUGUAUCUCGAUCGCAAAUGUGAACAACCUAAUUAUAUCAGUAAAAAUGGACGUAUUUUUGCUCAAUUUUCGGAUCAAAGUACGACCCAAAUUGAUAUUAAAGGCAUCAAUUGGAAAGGAAUGGAAGAUUCAAAAGGUGUGCCAAAAGGAUUAUGGGAUAAUACUGUUGAUGGUGAUUCACUUUAUCGAUUUGGGUACUUUUUACAUUACAACAAAUUUAAUGUUGUACGUUUUCCACUUUCGAUUGAUUCUGUAAUGCGAAAUACAGAAAUUGAUAUGAAUUUGAUCAAUUCCAAUUCAAAUCGUGCAUUAGGUACAGCAUCAAGAUAUAAUACACUUCUUGGUUUAUUAGUUCAAGGACUUGGACAAUUUAAUAUUGGCGUUGUACUUGAUUUUCAUGUGCUUUCUGCAACGGAUGAUGAUGGAUCUGGUCUAUGGUAUGGAUCAUCAAUUAAAUUAAAUGAUAUUAAAACAGCAAUUACGAAUUUGGCAGAAGAAAUGUGUGAUUCUACUCAUUUUAAUAUUAUUGGAAUUGAUUUGAAAGAUGGUUUGAAGUCCGAUGCAACAUGGGGAGAUGGAGCUGAUACAGAUUGGUCGAUUGCGGCAACAGAAUUAGCAAAUCACAUGUUGAAUAAAUGUCCGAAAUGGUUAGCUUUCAUCCAAGGUGUGCAGGGUGAAAGUCAUAAAGAUAUGUAUGGUGAACGUUCACUUAAGAAUACUUUCUUACCUGGAUCGGAUCUAUCUGGUAUCACUUUGAAUCCAAUUAAACUUAAAAAAGAGAACAAAAUUGUAUAUGCACCGAAAUUCUUCUCAAGCUCCGAGUCACCACGGCAAUUUUUCUUUCAAGAUGGUCAAACAAGUGGAAAUUUAUUGGAAGAUUAUGUCGAGCUUGAAGAUGCUGAUUUGUUGGCAAAUGUCAAACAGCAUAUGAAUUAUUCUUUUGGAGCAGCUUUUGAAUCUGGAUCGGCAGUAGUACUUUCGUCGUUUGGGGGUCUUGUGGGUAAACUUGAUGAAACGAAAAUGAAAACCAGUACACGUAUUAUCGAAAAUGUGAUUAGUCAAAUGGCUGGAUCAUCAGAACCAUUUCUAGCUGGUGGAUUCUGGUGGACAUUAAAUCCUGAUACAACAUGGCCGUAUCCUGCUCCUGAUAAUUCCAACUCGACAAAACAAGGAUUACUGGAUGAAACGUGGCGUACGGUGAACAUGGAGGUAUUGAAAACAUUGGCUGACAUGAACACAACGAUGAAAAGUGUCAAGUUCAUUCCAUGCUUGAAGUAA